AUGUCGUGGCAGGACCUCUCUGUGGUAGUGGCCUGUGUACUCGCGAUCGGCGUGUUCGCACACCGAUUGUCGCUGAAGCGCCGGAAUCGCCCGCGUGCGCUUUCCGUCGGACUCUCCGAGAAGGCACCUACGAAGGCGAGCCAAAAGGACCGUGCACCUGCAGAGUGGGAGCCGCAGCCGUUCGCCUAUCCUAGACUCGAGCCUAGCAAGGAACACUUCAGCAAUGUGAAGCCUAUCCCUUACCGCCCAUUCAAAUGGGGCGACUACCAUGUUACGAUGGGCAUCCGCAACAUGCCCUUUGAGGACUGGAUCGAGCUUGACCGCGAGUUCCCGCAGUUCCAUAAGGUCUGCGACUACCGGAUACGCACUCGCGGGGACCGUCUGGUCUGCGUGCAGCCAGAACAGCCGGGGAUAGUGGCUUCUGGACACGCAGCGGCGGAGGAGCUGAUGUACGAGUUUGCCGAGUACCUGUCGAGACGGCAUCCGGACGUCUACCGGGUGACGCGACGGCCUGUCUCGAGGAAUCCCGAGGAGAAUGGGUGGUAUGGCGAGGGGAAGAUCUGGCAGAUCACCAUCAUACCAUUUGGCGAGACGUAUGACCUGGAGAAGGACGAGCCGCUGAAGGUCGCGCGGAUGCUGGUCCAGGAGGACUUCACACUCAUGGUGGAAGGCACGGAUGGCAGAUACUACCUCCAGGCCGGCGCCGUCGUCAUCGCAGGUUCGUGGAGACUCGAAGACAAGAUGGGCCUCCCGCUCGAGGACAUCCACACCACCGGAAACGUUCCCCAAUACCGCACCAAGCUGCAAAUGAGCAUGGACCGCUUCUUCAAGCGCCUCCCGCUCGACAAGCCCGUCAUCCGCAACAACUACGCCGUGCAGCUCGUCCAAGAGCCCGCCAUGCGCACCCCAGCCCCCGCGCCCGGCUCGCUCCUCGCGCUCGACCCCGAGGAGCUCGCGUGGGCGGCGACCAUGAAUGGCUCCGAGGACACGAACGACUUCGAGCGCGCGAAGCACAUCAACGACCAGGCGGACUCGACCCCUGCCCCUGGGGUAGAAGAUAAGGGGUACCCGGUGUCGCGCACGGCGACCCCGGCGACGCUAAGAACGGUGUGUCUGCGCACGGAGAGGCAGACGUUGAGGAGGCUGCCGCGCACGGGCGCGGUGGUGUUUACUAUAAGGGUGUAUCAGACGCCGUUUGCGGAUUUGGUAAGGGAGCCGGGCGUUGCGGGGAGGCUGGCGAGUGCGAUUCGCAGCUGGCCGGAGGAUGUUGCGCGGUAUAAAGCGCGCGAUGCGUAUGAGGCGGUCUUGCCGCUGCUCGAUCGCUGCCAUGCUGAGGAGCUGGAGCAGGGGCUGAUUAGUGAGGGGGAUAAGAAGAAUAACUUCCCGUUCUAG